GAUCCGGAAAGGUACGCCACGGAAAGGUUCUGCAAUGCAUGCAGUUGUUGUUGAUGUAUGCAGGUCGGAUGGCUCUGACUCAUUGUCUGCUGCUGAUCUUCGUGCUGCCUCACUCUUCCCAGCUGCUGGCCGUAUCGCUGCGCUCUCCGACGAGGCAAUCCGCACCAGCCUUUGCCCAGAUGAAAGGCAGCGUGCUUGUCACUGGUGCUGCGGGCGGCAUCGGAUCUGCGCUCUGCAAACUGUUCAGGGAGAAAGGAUACCAGGUUUUUGCUGCCGAUAGGAAGGCAUCGCCUGCCAUCGAUUCGCUCAAGGCAAGAAACGAGCAGAGAAGUGACCGAUGCAUGCCACUGGUUCGGUUGUGUUGAUCAUUGCAGGGCGACAGCAGUGUGGUGCCGCUUCCUGGUCUUGACCUGACGUCCAGCGAGUCCAUCAAGCGGCUGGCCGACAGCCUCCUCUCGUCAAAUGCGAAGCUCGACAUUGUCAUACAGAAUGCGGGGGUGCUCGACGAGCGAGGCAUCGAUCUGUUUAACCUCGAUUUCGAUUCGAUAAGAGGUGAAGUGAUUUCGAUUCGAUAGAUAAACACUUUGUGUAUAUGUGUGCUAUGUGGUAUGUGGUUGCGCCCCAGAGAGUAUGCAGGUGAAUGCCGUGGGCCCGCUGGAGCUCACUGUGGAGCUGCUGAAGCGGGACUUGGUCAGGUCACCUGGCGGGAAGAUCGCCCUAAUGACCUCCCAGGUCAGCCCGCUACACAUGGAUGUGUUUGCUUGGUUGACGCAUUGGGAUGGGUGAUCUGUGGCUGAAUGGUUAGCUAGAUGGCUCGAUGGAUGAACCACACAGAGAGAUGGAUGGAUGGAUGGAUGGAUGGAUGCAGAUGGGAAGUGUCGAUGACAACUCCUCUGGAGGAUAUUAUGGCUACAGGAUGAGCAAGAGUGCCAUGAACAUCUGCGCUAAAUCCCUCAGCAUCGACUUGAAAAGAUACGGUCAGUCAGCCAAGCAAGACACACCCACACCCACACCUACACACCCACACACCAACCACCACCUUUUGUUUCUUGUCCUCUGUUCCUGCAGGCAUUGCCGUGUGCCUGCUGCACCCAGGGUGGGCAUGUGACAAAGGAGACACUCGCAGCCAUCGAAGACAAUUGUGUCGAUCUGUUGUGUGGCGGGUCCAUCAAUCAGGUACGUGCAGACACAGAUGACGGGUUACAAUGGGAACAUUAAGCCGGAGACCAGUGCUAAGGGACUCGAGGCUCAAAUUGAUGCUCUUGACAUGACCAACACAGGAACAUGGUGCGCCAGAAGCGAACGAGGAGGGGGGAGGCGCUCAUUCACCAACCGAUCGUUUUGCUCUGAGUGUGUGUGUGUGUGUGUGCUUGCAGGUGGAAUUAUAGAGGAGAAGUCUUGCCGUGGUAGCACUGGCGCCUUCCGGUCUUGGUAGCCGUGUGUACUUUGAUAAUGAUGUACGUACAACGAUCUUAAGAGAGUCCGUUUGACCAUUGAGACUGACCGGUUUGCAAAUCAUGCGUGCGAGUUUCGACUUCACCCAAACCUUACGGUGAAUCCCUCAUUGGCCCAAGACACCAUGAAUGAGUCGGGUUGGUCGGGCCCUCACGCCGAUGCAGAAACGGCGCAGAGAGGCCUCCCUCCCACCCUCUCUGUCUGUUCGUUCUGGUGUACCGUAUCAAUCACAUGGCCCCCGGUGUGUGCGAAUCCGUCUGCUGUGGCCGCCCGGCCACACUGGCACAGCCCC